GUCGGAGGCUGGGGCUGGCGGGAGCUCGCUGUCGUGGUGUGGGCGCUCGCUGGGGAGCUUCUGGCUGUGCGGACUGGCUGGCCAGGGGGCAGCGAAGCCCAGAGUCCACCAGGGACGGCGGCGCCUAGAGGACCCAGGAGCUGGUGGCUGCAAAGUGGGACCGCAAGUCCUUUAGCUUCUGGGCGCGCCGUGCAACCACGCUCCAUGCUCCGGCCGCGGCCCGGCCCCUCGCCCCGUCGCUGACGGCGUCUGCCGCCCCGGCAGCACCCAUGUCCUGCGCGCUCCGGGAGUCGUAGGCUGCAGCUGCGCCGCGGCUCCGGGAGCCGGCGUGGGCGCUGCGGCCGUGGGGGGCGUCAAUGGAUCGCCAUUCCAGCUACAUCUUCAUCUGGCUGCAGCUCGAACUCUGUGCUAUGGCUGUUCUGCUCACCAAAGGUGAAAUCAGGUGCUACUGUGAUGCUGCCCACUGCGUGGCAACUGGCUACAUGUGCAAAUCAGAGCUGAGUGCCUGCUUCUCCAGACUUCUUGACCCUCAGAACGCAAAUUCCCCACUCACCCAUGGCUGCCUGGACUCUCUUGGAAGCACAGUGGACAUCUGCCCAACCAGACGGGCACAGAACCACUCUGGCACUGCUAUGCCUACGUUGGAAUGCUGUCACGAAGAUAUGUGUAAUUACAGAGGGCUGCAUGAUGUUCUCGCUCCUCCCAAGGGAGAGACCUCAGGUACAGGACAAGGAAACAAAUACCAGCGUGAUGGUAGCAGACACCUCAUCACCAAAGUGCAGGAGCUGACUUCUUCCAAAGAGCUGUGGUUCCGGGCUGCUGUGAUUGCUGUUCCAAUCGCUGGAGGGCUGAUUUUAGUGUUGCUGAUCAUGUUGGCCUUGAGGAUGCUUCGAAGUGAAAACAAGAGGCUACAGGAUCAGCGGCAACAGAUGCUCUCCCGUUUGCACUACAGCUUCCAUGGAUACCAUUCCAAAAAGGGGCAGGUUGCAAAGUUAGACUUGGAAUGCAUGGUUCCAGUGAGUGGGCAUGACAACUGCUGUCUGGCCUGUGAUAAAAUGCGACAAGGGGACCUCAGCAACGAUAAGAUCCUCUCACUUGUUCACUGGGGCAUGUAUAGUGGGCACGGGAAGCUGGAGUUCGUAUGACAAAGUCUUACCUGAACUGAGCUUUUUAGAUGCUCGAAGGUCUUUUUGAGUUCUGCUGGACAGGAGCACUUUAUCUGAAGAAAAACAAACUCAGUGUAAUCAUCUUUGAGAGAGAAUGACCUCUGCAAACAGAAUCUUGAUAUUUCUUCUGAAGGAUUAUUUGCACAGACUUAAGUACAGUCAAAUGUAUGAUUUGCUUUAAAGUUAUAAAAAGCAAAGAGAAGACUAUGUACACACUGUUACCAGGGUUAUUUGCAUCUGAUGGAGCUGGGAUGGAGCAGCUAAAUAAACCAAAAUCUGAUCUAUGUAAGCUCCUACAUCUUGAUUUAUUGUAAAGAUUUAAAAAAUAUAUAUAUAUAUAUAUAUAUAAAUAUAUAUAUAUUUUUUGUCUGAAAUUUAGUGGUGUCUUGUCAUAAAUUAAAAACUAAGCAGGAAGUGUAAGAAUCUGUUCAUUAUACAAAUGAAGAUCUGUUGUUGCUCAUAGUAGGGACCCGACUCUAGAGUUUGGCUUGAUUUUUAUUUUUAUUUUUUACACAAGACCAAGAUCUUGUUUAUUCUUACAUGUGCAUGUAUACUUUUCUUAUAGUGUGGAACAUUUCUAAAUGUGUACUGCCCAUCAUUCAGUGUCUUACCCACAUUUUUUUUUGUUAGGAUAAUUCUGGUUUAUAACUUUUGUGUAAGAGAAAUCUUAAACUUAUUUAUACCAGGUCAGAUGUCAUCAAUCAAUUUCUGAAGUUGCCUUAGCAAAGGUAAUACUAUUUAUCAACUUAACCCAGUUGCUCUGAAUACUUCUAAAAAUAUGUCUACCUCCAACCAAAAAAACAAAAAUGAAAACAACUAAAAAACCUAAACAAAGAUUUUUUUGUGAUCAAAGUUGGUAAUUAUCUACUUUUACUGUUGAUUUAAUUCAUCAGUUUAUGAGUAUUUUGGAUCCCAAAUUAACCAAACUUUAUUGUACCAUGUGCCCUAGUUUUCGAACCUUACAGAGUUAGACUAACAUUUUUUUUGACUUCUCAAUUUUUAGAAGGAUUUUCAGUAGUGAACGUUAUGAGAUUGAAAAUAAUGCACAGUACUACUAGGUUUUCUCUUCCAAAUGAACUUAUUAAUAUAACCUAAUAAAACACUGACUUUAGCCACUAAUACACUAAGUAACUAUGUCCACUCCAGUAGGACUUGCUGUCUGGCAACACUGCUCAGCCUGAAUUAAAACCCAUGCCACAUUUGUGUACUUUUCCCCAAAAUGGGUCUUUGUUAUCUUAAAUGUGGGAAUCACUUGCUGUAUAGGGUUUUUUCUAGACUCUUUUGUAUAUUUGAAACUUGCAUAAAAAUUAACCUAUAGCCUGCAUAUUUGAGUAUGGGGGUUUCCUUUAUGAGUGUUAAAGGAUUUAUUUUUGGCAUAUUUUCUGAUCAGCAUAAUUUGCGUCCCUUGUGAAGAUAAAUGUGGUGGCCAAGUUCAUGGAAGAAUCUGAGUUGAAAUGAUUAGUCUAAAAAUGAGUACCUAGAUGAAUAAUGAAGAUCACAGCCCCAAGCAAAUUAGGCUAUGGAAUAAAUACGCAUUUUAAUAAAUGA